UACUGAUCCACUACCAAACUCAUUUUUUGCAUUACCAACUAAUUUCAUUUUGCCUCAUUUCUUCUCUUAUACAGUAUGUGUGUUUGGGGAUUUUACUAUUCAUUGUGUUUACUUCAAAUACAGUACAAAAUCAUUUUUUAUCAAGUUAUGCUGGACUUUGUUUCCUUGAAUUUUGAUAUUCCAUGAUUUUCUCUAGCUUUUGAUACCAUCACUUUUAGCAGAUGGGGAGGACGAUUCAAGUGUCUGGCUUCCCCACGCUUCUUUCUGCCGAGAGGAUCAGGAUGAUCUUCUUGGAGCAUGAAAUAUUGCGCAAUAUAGUUGGUACUAUAUAUGCCAUACAAGUAAAAAUCAAACAGGAACCUGGUUCAAGGGCUUAUGCUAUAGUCCAAUUUACGCAUAGCCUAGACGACGACACAUUGAUGCGUUUGAGAAACUUUCGCCCAAGGUGUGGUACUUCCUAUUUGAAAUUCUGGGAUCAAAAAGACAUUGUGCCAAAUCCUAGAACAUAUGACAAUGUUAUGGAGGGUGUGACUUUGAAUUUAGGAUGCCAGGUUUCACAAGACGAGUUUUCGGUGUUGUGGAAUGCUGCAGAUGUUUGUGUUAAAUUCGGAACUGGCCUCAAGGUUAUGCACUUGUUAUUGUGUCAUGAAUUAGUUGAAUACAGGCUUCAGCUCUACUAUGACAAUAUAUGGCAGAUUGUGCUGUAUGAUUCUGGCAUUCAUGCUCCGAAGAUGCUUCUGAUUCAGUUAUAUGGAGCACCGCGAAUCUACAAGAAGCUUGCAGACUCUGAGUAUUGCUAUUUUCAGCAAACUCCAGAUGAUCAGUGGGUCCGAACAACCGAUUUUACACCAUCAUUGUGUAUCGGACAAUCUUCCGGGAUAUGUCUCCGGCUGCCUUAUGGCAUCAAACUUCCUGAUUUUGAAAGACACUUUGUAUACUACAAAGAAAGUAAAAAGCCAUUCUUCUUAAAAACUGGUGAGCCAUUCUGUGAAAAUAUGGAUCUAGUUCCGAUCAUGCGACCUCCCCGAGGUCUUGAAUUUCCAUAUAGACUACUCUUCAAGGUUUGUUGUUUGGUACAAACUGGGUGUCUUCCUGGGGCGAAACUAGAUGAAAACUUUUACCGGCUGCUCAAUCCGGAAAGAUUUGACAUUGCAUACCUAGAGCAGCUUUUGGAAAAGCUUUACUAUUUGAAGGAGUGCUGUUAUGAUCCUCACUCAUGGCUUAUUGAGCAGCAUCAAAGCUACUGCUCCUUCAAGAAACUGAAAUCUCCCGCUGUGGAUGCUGACGUGGUGCAUAUCCACAGGGUUCAAGUCACUCCGACCAAAGUGUAUUUCCAUGGUCCAGAAGUGAAUGUAUCAAAUCGUGUGCUACGCAACUUCCAUGAUCACAUUGACAAUUUUCUCCGUGUUUCAUUUGUGGAAGAGGACUGGAGUAAGAUGUAUGCGUCUGAUUUAUCACCGAGGGGAGCUGGUGGGGAUGAGAGCACGAGAACAAAGCUGUACGAUAGGAUACUUUCUACACUGAGGAAUGGCAUCACAAUUGGGAGCAAGAAAUUCGAGUUUCUUGCAUUUUCCUCGAGUCAAUUACGUGAAAACUCCCUAUGGAUGUUCGCUCCAACUGACAACCUCAAUGCUAAUAAUAUAAGGCAGUGGAUGGGCGACUUCAGUUCCAUACGGAACGUGGCAAAAUAUGCUGCAAGGCUUGGACAGUCCUUUGGUUCGUCCACAGAGACCCUAACUGUAGCUCAGAAUGAGGUUAAAAAGAUCCCUGAUGUUGAGCUUGUUAGAGACGGAACAACAUAUAUCUUUUCUGAUGGGAUCGGAAAGAUAUCAGUCGACUUUGCACGGAGAGUUGCUAUAAAAUGUGGUCUCAGAAGCAAUAUUCCAUCUGCCUUCCAGAUCAGGUAUGGUGGCUACAAAGGAGUAGUCGCAGUUGAUCCCACUUCAUCAGUGAAGAUGUCGCUGAGACCGAGCAUGUUGAAGUAUCAAUCAGACGAUACAAAACUGAAUGUUCUAGGAUGGAGCAAAUACCAACCCUGCUUCUUGAAUCGCCAAAUCAUCACACUCUUAUCCACUCUUGGGGUCGCGGAUCAUGUCUUUGAGAAGAAGCAAAGCGAAGCAGUUGCUCAGCUGAAUGAUAUUAUAGUUGAUCCAUUCAAGGCUCUCGAAGCUUUGGAUCUCAUGUCUCUAGGAGAAAACACUUACAUCUUGAAGGAAAUGUUGAAAUGUGGGUAUAAACCUGAUGAAGAGCCGUUUCUUGCCAUGAUGCUGCAAACUCUCCGGUCAUCACAACUGCUGGAUUUACGGACCAAAUCCAGAAUAUUCAUCCGACAAGCUAGAAAUAUGAUGGGAUGUCUCGAUGAAACUGCCACAUUAGAAUAUGGACAAGUGUUUGUGCAAUUUUCUGGCGCCGGGCAGAGGAGGUUCUAUGAGGAAUCCAUUGAUGAGUAUUCAUCUACUGAUCACAAUUACGUCGUUAAAGGAAAAGUGGCUGUUGCUAAGAACCCAUGCUUGCACCCUGGCGAUCUUCGGGUUCUAGAAGCUAUUGAUGUCCCAGCAUUGCAUCACAUGGUGAACUGCAUAGUAUUCCCUCAGAAAGGAAUGAGACCACACCCGAACGAAUGUUCUGGGAGCGAUUUGGAUGGAGAUAUAUAUUUUGUUUGUUGGGACCCUGAUAUGAUUCCACCGAAACAAUUCUCACCUAUGGAUUACAAUCCUGCCCCAGCCACACGGCUCGACCAUGAGGUUACCAUUGAGGAGGUCCAAGAAUACUUCACCAACUACAUCUUGAACGAGAGUUUAGGAAUGAUUGCCAAUGCCCACAUUGUUUUUGCUGACAAAGAGCCAUUCAUGGCCAUGAGCAGUCCUUGUUUGGAGCUUGCUGAGUUACACUCAGUGGCAGUCGACUUCCCCAAAACUGGCGUCCCUGCACAGAUCCCUCCUAAACUACGCGUGAAAGAAUACCCUGAUUUCAUGGAGAAGCGUGACAAGCCCACUUGCGAAUCCAAGGGUGUGAUAGGUAAGCUCUUCAGGGAGGUUCAGUAUGUCGGCACUGACACAAGUUCCUUAAAGUUCACAAAAGAAGUGGCUAGAAGCUCGUACGACUCUGACAUGGAAGUUGAUGGCUUCAGAGACUACAUUGAGGAAGCGUUCGAGUGCAAGACCAACUAUGACCGUAAACUUGGAAACUUGAUGGACUACUACGGCAUCAAGACUGAGGGUGAGAUAUUGAGCAGAGCUAUUAUGAAGAUGUCGAAAACCUUUGAUCGAAGAAAGAGUGCUGAAGCGGUUGGUGCUGCAGUGAAGUCUCUGAGGAAUGAGGCUAGAUCAUGGUUCAAGAAAGGAAGCAAAUCGGGGGACGAAAAAGCAAUGGCUUCGGCUUGGUAUCACGUGACUUAUCAUCCCGAUUUUUGGGGUCAUUACAACAAGGAUAUGAAGAUGAAGAGGAAUCACUAUAUUAGUUUCCCAUGGUGUGUGUAUGACAAGCUAGUCCUGAUCAAGAAUGAGAAGAGAAGAAAAGAUGAUUCUAACAGCAGCUCAGUUCAAGAAGGAAUCAAGAAGAAGAAGAAGAAGAACUCAAGAAAAGAGGAGUCAUAUCAAGGAGGAAACAUGAAGGGGGAGACUAGACAAAAAGACACUUCAAAAAGCAUCUCAUGUCAUGAAGUAAUCAAGGAGGAGAGUGCAAGAAAAGAACACUCAAAGGGCAGUGAAAAGAUGAUGAUGAUGAUGGAGAAUGCUUCAAAUAAAGAUGAGCUAGCAAGCAGCUCAGGGUGCCAGAAAAUGUGGAUAAAAAAGGAGUUGAAAGGUCUAACAUUGAAAUGAGUAUUUUGAGAUGAAAUUUGGCAUGUAAAUAUAGUUCAAAACUUAAGCAUUUGGAUAAACUAGACUUGCAUUGUGUGUUUUGUUAUCUCAUCAACUGAUGCUGAGUUUGAAUGCAGUGAUUUUAUUUGUGAA